CUCUACUUUCCCCCGUCAUCAGUGGCGUGUGUUCCCGGAGCAGGUCGAAGAGUCUCCGCAGCUUCCAACCGUUCAGCCCGAACUACCGAGCGGUCCUCCCGUCCUCUGACCCGGGGCCAGGCCGAGCCGAGCCGUGCGAGCUGCCCGCGGCCGCGUCCACUCAGCACGUGCCCGUUGUCUGAGAGAGAUUAACUCGUCUUGAGGAUCUCGUGUCAGCUUGAUAAUAGUUCUCUGGUCAUCAACUGUCAAGUUCGAAGUCAUCCAUUGUUUUGUUUUUAACCCUCCUCUUCGUCACCUCGCACGUUGACCCGGCUCCGGAGCUCGGAACCAGCCGAACAGCGACUCGUCUUCUGAGGAGAACCCGACUGACUGCAUCGACAUGGGGUAUGGACGGUCGGACAGCUACCGCGUGGCCACCACGACGGAUAAGGAUGAGAAGGAGUCACCCAAGAAGAAGGGAGCCAAGGACAUGGAUGACCUCAAGAAGGAAGUUCCCAUCACGGAACACAGAAUGUCUGUUGAGGAGUGCUGCAGGAAGUACAACACUGACAUCGUGCAGGGUUUGACCAAUGCCAAGGCAGCAGAGUACCUGAUCAAGGACGGCCCCAACGCCCUGACUCCACCCCCCACCACCCCAGAGUGGGUCAAGUUCUGUCGCCAGCUGUUCGGCGGCUUCUCCAUCCUGCUGUGGAUCGGUGCCAUCCUCUGCUUCCUGGCCUACGCCAUCCAGGCGGCCACGGAGGAUGAGCCCGCUGGGGAUAACUUGUAUUUGGGAAUCGUGCUGUCGGCUGUCGUCAUCAUCACCGGCUGCUUCUCCUACUUCCAGGAAGCUAAGAGCUCUAAGAUCAUGGAGUCCUUUAAGAACAUGGUGCCUCAGCAAGCCCUGGUGAUCCGUGAGGGAGAGAAGAUGCAGAUCAAUGCCGAGCAGGUGGUGGCAGGAGACCUGGUGGAGGUGAAGGGAGGAGACAGGAUCCCUGCUGACCUGCGCAUCAUCUCCUCCCACGGCUGCAAGGUGGACAACUCGUCCCUGACUGGUGAGUCAGAGCCCCAGACCAGGUCACCUGACUGUACCCAUGACAACCCACUGGAAACCCGCAACAUCGCCUUUUUCUCCACAAACUGUGUCGAGGGAACCGCUCGUGGUAUUGUCGUGUGCACUGGGGAUCGAACAGUGAUGGGCCGCAUCGCCACCCUCACCUCGGGCCUGGAGACUGGCAAGACACCCAUUGCCAAGGAGAUCGAGCACUUCAUCCAGAUCAUCACGGGCGUGGCCGUCUUCCUCGGCGUGAGCUUCUUCAUCCUGUCCAUCGUCCUGGGCUACUCCUGGCUGGAAGCCGUCAUCUUCCUCAUCGGCAUCAUCGUGGCUAACGUACCUGAGGGGCUGCUGGCCACAGUCACUGUGUGUCUGACUCUGACCGCUAAACGAAUGGCGCGUAAGAACUGCCUGGUGAAGAACCUGGAGGCCGUGGAAACUCUUGGCUCCACCUCCACCAUCUGCUCAGACAAGACGGGGACACUGACCCAGAACAGGAUGACCGUGGCCCACAUGUGGUUCGACAACCAGAUCCACGAGGCCGACACCACCGAGGACCAGUCUGGCUCCUCCUUCGAUAAGAGCUCCCUCACAUGGUCGUCUCUGGCCCGAGUCGCUGCCCUGUGUAACCGCGCUGUGUUCAAGGCGGCUCAGGACGCUUUGCCCAUCCUGAAGCGCGAUGUGGCCGGAGAUGCUUCGGAGUCGGCCCUGCUGAAAUGCAUUGAGCUGUCGUGUGGCUCAGUGAAGAUCAUGAGGGAAAAGAACAAGAAGGUGGCUGAGAUCCCCUUCAACUCCACCAACAAGUAUCAGCUGUCGAUUCACGACACAGCGGAGGGAGAAAGUGAGAGCAGCUACCUGCUGGUGAUGAAGGGAGCUCCAGAAAGGAUCCUCGACCGCUGCUCUACCAUCAUGGUGCAAGGCAAGGAGCAGCCCAUGGAUGAUGAGAUGAAGGAGGCGUUCCAGAACGCCUAUUUGGAGCUGGGAGGACUGGGAGAGAGAGUACUGGGUUUCUGCCACGUGUUCAUGUCCGAGGAGAAGUAUCCUAAAGGUUUCGCCUUCGACACCGACGACGUCAACUUCCAGACGGACAACCUUUGCUUCGUGGGCCUCAUGUCCAUGAUCGACCCCCCCCGCGCCGCCGUGCCCGACGCCGUGGGCAAAUGUCGCUCCGCCGGCAUCAAGGUCAUUAUGGUGACUGGAGACCACCCAAUCACAGCCAAGGCCAUUGCUAAGGGUGUCGGCAUCAUCUCUGAGGGCAACGAGACGGUGGAAGAUAUCGCUGCUCGCCUCAACAUCCCCGUGGCCCAGGUCAACCCCAGAGACGCCAAGGCCUGUGUGAUCCACGGCACAGAUCUGAAAGACCUCUCUCAGGACCAGAUGGACGACAUCUUGAGGAACCACACAGAGAUCGUCUUUGCCAGAACCUCCCCGCAGCAGAAGCUCAUCAUUGUAGAGGGCUGCCAGAGACUGGGAGCCAUCGUGGCUGUGACCGGAGACGGAGUGAACGACUCUCCUGCCCUGAAGAAGGCUGACAUCGGGGUUGCAAUGGGAAUCUCCGGCUCAGACGUGUCCAAACAAGCCGCAGACAUGAUUCUGCUGGACGACAACUUUGCCUCCAUUGUCACAGGAGUAGAAGAAGGCCGUCUCAUCUUUGACAACCUGAAGAAGUCCAUCGCCUACACUCUGACCAGCAACAUCCCAGAGAUCACCCCCUUCCUGUUCUUCAUCCUGGUCAACAUCCCUCUGCCUCUGGGCACCAUCACCAUCCUCUGCAUCGACCUGGGAACUGACAUGGUCCCGGCCAUCUCUCUGGCCUACGAAGCAGCAGAGAGCGACAUCAUGAAGCGUCAGCCCAGGAACCCACAGAGAGACAAGCUGGUGAACGAGAGACUCAUCAGCAUCGCGUACGGACAGAUCGGAAUGAUUCAAGCUCUCGGUGGAUUCUUCGCCUACUUCGUCAUCAUGGCUGAAAACGGUUUCCUGCCGUCUGUGCUCGUGGGCAUCCGACUCAACUGGGACGACCGCUCCACCAACGACCUGGAGGACAGCUACGGACAGCAAUGGACCUAUGAGCAGCGUAAGAUCGUGGAGUUCACCUGCCACACAGCCUUCUUCGUCAGUAUCGUGGUGGUGCAGUGGGCCGACGUCAUCAUCUGCAAGACCAGACGUAACUCAGUGUUCCAGCAGGGCAUGAAGAAUAAGAUUUUGAUCUUCGGCCUGUUUGAGGAAACAGCGCUGGCUGCGUUCCUGUCCUACUGCCCUGGGAUGGACGUGGCUCUGAGGAUGUACCCACUCAAGCCCAGCUGGUGGUUCAUUGCGUUCCCGUACAGUUUCCUCAUCUUUGUUUACGAUGAGAUCCGAAAACUCAUCCUCCGCCGAAACCCCGGAGGCUGGGUGGAAAAAGAGACGUACUAUUAAAUCAUCAGAGCAUCAGUCACGCCUCACUUCACCCCCCCCCCCUCCUGAGAUCAUUGCUCCUCUAUCUCCCUCUCUUCCUCCGUCCCUUCCUUCCUUCCCUCCACAAAUCUCUCCUCCCCCCCGAGAUACUCACACUGUCCAAGAAAACGAUGUUUACUCUCCAUCCUGUUCCUCCUCUGCAUCCUCACGUCCUUAAGAAACAAACAAAAACCACCGAACGCCAAGAAGACGAGGACCAACGACAGAGGAGUAGGGGGGGGUGUAUGUCCUCCCUGUCCUCUCUGUCCGUCCAUUCCCCUUUUUAUCUUCUGUUCAGUCCAAACAGCAUUGAUCUGCCUGUAACACUGUUUGUGCCGGUGCUUGUUUCUACACUGUUGUGUUUUUUUUAAACUAAAGUUGUUCAGCCAGAUUCAGCUCCAGCUCUGAUCACUGCCAUGUUCUGCCACUUCUCCUCCUGGUCUCCUCCUCUGGUUCUACUGACUCACUGCCAAUCUUCGUCUACUGCCAUCCUCCUUCCCUCCCUCCUCUUCCUACUUCCCCCUCCUGCCUUCUGACUCCUCUUCCUACUCCUUCCUCUCUCCUCCUUCCCUCCCUCCUCUUCCUACUUCCCCCUCCUGCCUCCUGACUCCUCUUCUUAUUCCUCCCUCCUGCCUCCUGACUCCUCUUCCUACUCCCCCCUCUCUCCUCCCCCCCUGCCUCCUCUUCUUAUUCCUCUCUCCUCCCCCUCUGCCUCCUCUUCCUACUCCUCCCUCCUGCCUCCUGACUCCUCUUCCUACUCCCCCCUCUCUCCUCCCCCCCUGCCUCCUCUUCUUAUUCCUCUCUCCUCCCCCUCUGCCUCCUCUUCCUACUCCUCCCUCCUGCCUCCUGACUCCUCUUCCUACUCCCCCCUCUCUCCUCCCCCCCUGCCUCCUCUUCUUAUUCCUCUCUCCUCCCUCCUGCCUCCUCUUCCUACUCCUCCCUCCUGCCUCCUGACUCCUCUUCCUACUCCUCCCUCUCUCCUCCCUCCUGCCUCCUCUUCUUACUCCUUCCUCCCUCCCUCCUGCCUCCUCUUCUUAUUCCUCCCUCCUGCCCCCUGACUCCUCUUCCUACUCCUCCCUCUCUCCUCCCUCCUGCCUCCUCUUCUUACUCCUUCCUCCCUCCCUCCUGCCUCCUCUUCUUAUUCCUCCCUCCUGCCCCCUGACUCCUCUUCCUACUCCUCCCUCUCUCCUCCCUCCUGACUCCUCUUCUUCCUCCUUCCUCCCUUCCUCCUGCCUCCUCUUCCUUCUCCUCUUCUUCUUUCUCCUGCCCCAUCAAAAAAUGUCACUCACUCUGACUCUCCCUCUUCUUCCUCUUAUGUGUGUUUUUUUUUUCUGCUUGCGUUGUUGUUGUUGUUGUUGUUUUUUAAAAAGAUGAAUUGUUCUAAAAAGUUUGCUGUUGUUGUUUUUUAAGUUUGGAGUGGGUCAGCCCACUGUCGCUCCCUCUUCUUCCUCCUCCUCCCCUCUUGCUCUCUUCUUUCUCUCUUUCACCCAUCCUAUACCCCCCCCCCCCCCCCCCGCCUGUCCCUGGUCGUCUGUCUGUUUGUGAACACCUUGUAAAACCUCUGUCCUUGUAAACUUCUACUUUCACCUCCUGCCUCCUCUCUCUCUCCCCCCCACCCGACCUCACCCUGUUAAAGAAAAUACAAUCUGUCUGUGUCCUCGGAAAAAGAGAUUUCUCUCCAAAUUUCAACUGAAAUGAAAUAAACCAGGAGGAUCUCUCUUUCUUCACUUUGGUCUCCA